AUGGCCUCUCUAGCCAAUAUGGACAUCGAUGAGUUUGACUCGGAUGAUGAAGACUUUGCUCAAGCAGUCCUUGGCAGCCAACCGGUUGUACAUCGUCGCUACGCAAAAGCUGGCGAAGAUUCACUCUUGAGCAUGAUCGAAAACCAAUUUGUCGACCGCGUCGAAUCCAAGCAAGCCUACAAGAACAUUGACUUCCUUGAUGGCACUGUUGGCUCUGCCUACAUGCGUGCAAAGACGAAGAAUAUGAUCCUUGGCUAUUUCAAGCUCAUCAAUCAUGAUCCGGCUAUUUGUCCCUCUGGCCAGAUCAUAUUCCGCUACAUUGCCACUACUGUGAAAAGAAUGAAGCCAGGCAGUCGAGACAAACCCGCACCCAGCUUUCGUACUGUUCUGCAGGUCUGGAGAGCGACGAACAUCUACCUCAGGUUUCAGUACCCCGACUGGAAAGAGAACUAUACCUCCUCCGACAUGGCCAAGAUAAAAACAUACCUUGAAGAGCAGGUUACACAAGGGAAUUUGAUCAAAGGAUAUUGGCAAGAGAGAAAUUGGUUGGGAUUCAGCGUCGUUGUCCGCAUGCUGACCAUGUACAUCCGAUCUACUGUGGAAAGUGGAUGUCAGAACUGGGAUAUCGUUAUCCUCCACUGUCUGGGUGUUGCUCUCACAGUGGCGUGCUCUUGCAGACCUGGAGAUGUUGCCAAGAGUUCCGACGCCCCUAAGGGAAUGUCUUGCUUAACCUGGGACUGUGUCAACCUGCAGGUGAUCGCUGACGAAUUAGGCGAGGUUCGGAACAUCCGUGCAAAACUGAUCCUGAAGUUUACCAAGGGUCACAAGGGUUCUCUGAACGACGAUAAGACUGUCUUCUUCGACAGCCUGGAGCAAGGCGAACACAGUUGUGCAUGUACAGUCAAAUUAUUGCUUGUUCACGCCCUGCGAAACGGAUUCUGCUAUGGCAACACCAUUAGCGAUGUGCUUAAAGAUGCAUUGGCUUCGCGCGGCAAGCGUAUCAGGUGGAAAUACCCCGAUCAACCCGUGCUCUGUUCCGUGGGUGCAGAUCAAAGACUGCAGCUCGGCACUCCUGCUCCCGUAUCACAGAUCAAAAGAGGGGUCAGAAGAAUGGCAGGAGUUGCCGGCAUUCUUGAGAAAGUCAACGCCAGAGAUCUUCGUCGUGGUACCGCACGAGAUCUUGCUCAUCUCAGCAAAACUUUCAAGGGAGUUUCCGAUAACAAUGUGGCGGCUGGUCUCGGCCACACCCGAGCCUCUUUGGGCAGAGGAGUCACGGAUCGUUACGCUGGUCCUGUACAAGAGGAUCUCCUCACCGCGCGGACAAAGGACUCUUUUCAGGAUCGCAUGGCUCCUGAACUCAAAAAAGUAACAUAUGACGAUAUUCUCCCCACUGUGAGAGCCCAGAGAAUCUCUACUUACCGCAUCAAUAAGCGUCUCGAGGAGGAUGGAAUCGACCCGGUCGAUGCCACCAGACAGCUUCGACAGGAUACAGCUGACAUUAUUCGACGCGAAUCAAUACACAAUGGUCCACUCAAAAAGCGUCUGCCCCAGCCGUCUACUAAUGUUCCCAACAAGAAGUCGAAGACGGGAAUGAAGCCUGUAGAGGUACUGAAGGACCCGCCGACGGCUCCGCCCUCUGGCCAUCUGGAUACCAUUCCAACAGGCCGCCAACCGCUUCGAGAGCUUUCACGGUCCGAGAUGAACGCAUCACAAUCCUCCACUGACUCGUCAGCCAUCGACCCAGCUCUUUUCAUGCCCUCAAAUGCUCCUGCUCUUGGCAUGGAUACUACACAAGGACCUGCUGCGGCAAUUUUCGAGGACCAUACUGCUACGAAGCCUCCUUCUGAGAUCGAUCUCCUUGGUGCGCGAUUGUUCGAAGACCAGCAGAUGGUCGACCAGCCACAAGCCAAUCAUUAUAGAACGGUCCCCCAACCCGGCUGGAAUGCCCAUGUCGAUGACCAUGUCGACGGUCUAGAUCAAGAGAGUGCUGCAACGGAUUCGGACGAAGAAUCUGAGGAGGUCGACGCGCAGCAGCUCACUGCACUUGAAGACAUUCUCUGGGGCUCUUCAGCGUCUGAGAGAUCGGACGGAAACGACGCGGUCGAUUUACAGGCCCAGGAAGAUUUCAACCAACAGUUUCUUGCCCUGGCAAUAUCUGAUCAGUCUCCGGAAGAGGGUGAUGACGAUGACUCGGAUGAUGUCAGCCACGAGUCUCCGCCUGGCCCUGACCACCAGCCAUGGUUGAUGACUGGACUCGCCUGGAUUGCACACUUCGCCGCAAUCAAUGAAUUUGUCACCAGUAAGCCUCUUCAUAAGAUGGCAUCCGAUGAAGUCGCCAAAUACUUCCCGGUGGGUAACUCCCGUAAUGCACCCACAAGACUCAAGCGUUUUUGUCGAUUGGGCUGUGGCUCUUUCUAUUGGCUACUCUCCGACUUGGACGUUCAUCAGGCCUUUUGCACUGGGCCUGAUACUGAAGACGAAUCCGACGAGAAACUUCGAUGCGAUGAGCCGGGUUGUGAGAUGAAAUUUACAAAGCGUGGUUCCCUCGUUGCCCACAAGAGUCGGAUUCAUGACUUCAAACCAAUGAAGUGCCAAUCUGGUUGUAAUCCGGAAGCUGAAGACUCUCCCGUGUAUAACACCUGGCAGGAAUAUGUUCGCCACCAAAAAGCAGUUCACUGGACUCUCGCGGAGCCAAGAAAGUGUCCAUUGUCCGAUGUUUGUGGCUCAGAGACUCGGUUCACGCUGAUAGGCAACCUCAAUCAACACCUCAAGAGAGUACAUUUUCUCAACCGGGCCCAGAUCGAUGAACUUGUGGAGAGGCCAGAGCGGCGCAAACCUCUGGCGUCGAAAGGUAUCCAGUGUCCACAGGCCAACUGCGAAUCGACCGCGUCGUUCGACGCGCCUGGAAAACUACGAGAUCAUCUCUUCAAGAAACAUGGCAUUCCCAAAGAUGACGCACUCCGACGUGCAGAAGAGUUACUGGGAGCUAUGAUACGCCGCCCAUCACAGGUGGUGCUUAAGCCAUGUCCGCACGAUGCUUGUCUUGAGAGCUUCUCAGGCACCACAAAGCUACGUGAUCACCUACAGAAAAAACACAGUCUUUCUAGAGAUGAAGCAAUCCGCCAGGCAGAAGAGUUACUGGGAGCUGUGAUACGCCGCCCACCACGGGCGGUGCUUAAGCCAUGUCCGCACGAUGCUUGUCUUGAGAGCUUCUCAGGCCCCGCCAAGCUACGUGAUCACCUACAGAAAAAACACAGUCUUUCUAGAGAUGAAGCAAUCCGCCAGGCAGAGGAACUCUUAGGACCAGUCGGCGCAAAGACUGGUCGCCGUGGUCCUGGCUCCUAG